AUGUCUUUGCUGCAUUACUGGGAGACUCAGCGCUCCGUGAAGCGCAGAAGGACAUCUGAAAAGGACACCGACCUCGAAAGCAAUUUUAGUGAAAGGAGACCCCCAAGUCCAAGUUCAAGUCCCUCCUCCGGCGCGGUGGGUUCGCCUACACCUGUACCUGUUGCCGAGGAACCGGAGGCAUAUAUUCCCAGCAGCCAGACGGAAUUGGAGACUUCCUUGCCUGCGAUUCAGACUGAUGAGGACGCGAUCGAGGCGUAUGAGGCUAGUAAAGCCGCAGAGGAUGAUGCCGAACCGGGAUUGCAUGUGAGAUUACGGGAUGGGGUGUGGCAGCGGGGGAAGAGUUCGAUUUACGUGGACGCUUUUAAUUUGGUCCUGGAGACGGUGCUGGAUGAGGAGUCACAUUUGUUUAAUGAGGCUGAGAUGGGGGUGUUUAAGCAGUGGAGGGAGUUGUCCUAUGAGUCGCAAUAUCUAUAUGUGCGGCUUUUCUUACGCAAAACCUCGGCCUGGCACCGUAUUAAUCGGUUGGGCUAUUACUCUGAUAUCUCGGACUUGUCUGCGGUUGCUACCGACCUCCAGCGAGAUCGUAUACUGCCCAAGAGCGAGAACCAGGAAACAGGUGACCUCGACUUCGGAAAUAGCUUUCGCUUCGCCGAUGGUACGCAGGAAAUUACCACUCUUGAAGAAGCGUCGUCUCUCCUGUUGCUUGAUGAACUGAAAGGGUUUGCAAAGGAAGUCAAGGCUCAAGGGAAAAACAAGAAGGAGCUGCUGGCGGCUCUAUGCGAAACUAGUCAAUCUCAGACUGGACUCGGCUUCAAGGACCAGUCAUGCACGAACCAACCUGGUAAUAGGGAUGGCCACUUCCUUCACAAGAUCCUGGAUUACACAGGGCAAUGCGUUCGGCUCACUCCCGGACCCCGGGCUCUCUUCGAGCGUGUGCAUUUGGUGUUUUAUCGAUCGACUGAAUGGACAGAAAAGUCAUUGACGACUAUCAUUCUCGCAAAGAUAUCGCGGCGAAAUUUCCCGCAGUAUAUCGUGUGUCGAUCAAAUUCGAUAUUCUCGUCUAGAGGCGCGCUCUUGGAAUUCGAGUCUGCUAUUCGGACGCAAUUUGAGAUUGACAAUAUCCUGGAAUUCAACGGUCCGCCAAGCACGGAGUCCUUGCAGCGGAUCAUAGAUUUGGGUGACAAGUUCUACCCCCGAUGGCGGGAACUCGUUGAUGAGGAGCAGCGGAAAGAAGAUUCCAUCUACCAGAGCGGCGAGGGUGCAUAUCUACGUCGGUUCUCUCCAGCUUGGGUAUACACGAGGAUCAUCCACAAAACCCUCCAACCACUCGGCCGCUUCAAAGAACACAAGCGCGAACACGAAGUCCUCACUGAACUUCUCGCCCAGCGCCUCUUCCACGCUGCCCGCCGUGGCGCAUGGUACCAGCGUAAAGCCCUGCUAGAAGAACACUACAUGUGGGCCCUAACACCAACCGAGGACCGGAACGAAGAAAACCAGCGGAAAUUCUGGAAACGGGUUGCGCUUCGAACGUGCGAAGAGGGACUUGAGGAUCCCCUCUGUCAUCUGAUAUACCACUAUGAUCUCCAGAAACGGAUCAUGAAGCUGGAGAAGGCGUUGAGGGUGGUUAAGCGGGAGCAGCAUGAUUUUGGACAUGUCAUGUUGAGUAAGCCUGCUGAGCGGACGAUUGAGGGGAUUCGCAUUGAGGGUGAUGACGGGCCGAAGAAGGGGAAGGCUACUGUUUGGAUUGAUGAGAGGGAGGGUGGUGAGUGUCGUGUGGAGAGUAUGUGUUUGAGUUGGUAUCGGGAUCAUGGGUGGAAGGGGUAUCAUUCUGAGGGAGGUAUUGUUAGGACAUUGUUCGGCCUCCUCUUCUACGACAUCCUUUUCACCUACGUCCCCAACGUCUUCCAGACCCCCUUCCAAACCUGCCCGCUGGACCUCCACACAGACGUAUUCUAUCUCUCCCGCGCCUCAGAAAUCAACCACCGCCUCGUGGAAAUCACCAACGGCGACGCCGAGCGCCUCAUCCGUGAAAUCCACGACCGCGAAUCAGCCGCCCAGCCCUGCGCUAUCGGGAUAGAUUGGUCCUUCGAGCUGGACGAUCUGAUCGAGAUCGUGCAAUGUUUCCGUGGUGAAGCACUGGCUACUAUUUGCAAGGUCAUGGCGCAGGAGUAUCAGCAGCGUGGUGGUGGGAUUCCAGAUCUGUUUCUAUGGAAUGCCGAGAAGAAGACUGUAUUGUUUUCGGAGGUAAAGUCGGAAAAUGAUCGGUUGAGUGAUACCCAGCGGUUAUGGAUUCAUAUUCUUCUUGGGGCCGGGGUGCAAGUUGAGCUUUGUAAUGCGGUUGCGAGGGAGGUAAGGACGGAGUGA